AACUACUCAAUAGAAUUCACUAUUCGCAGGCAGCCCCCAAAAAUAUCUGAGUCUCCAGUGGAUCCCAUCUGCCCACCGUCUUCUCCACAACUCUCCUUAUACCAACGACCGUAACUGAUAGGAAAUAUCCGCAAGGUCGGUUGCUCUCUCACAGAUUACUUGCCGCGUCUGUGAACAGAAAAUGGGGAGAAGACCAGAGCUUUCACCGCCUCUGCGAUUCUGUUGGGAUGUUUCUCGAACAUCUUGUCGGCAUUGCCUACAUAAACCCAACCUGGACUCACUGAUCAUCUCUCAUUCGCUUCACAUGUUUCAUCAGCCACCACCUGAGAAAGCCUUUUGCUACUCAACUCUAAAAAUCGUUCUUCAGAGAACCAGUCAAUUUUUUUUGGACGGAAUCGAUGGAUUCUCAUGACGAAUCUUUAUUUUCUUCGUCGUCUGAGCCACCUGGGUCUAAGUCAGAAACCAAAAUCUCAGGUCCAGAUUCUUUGGUUACAUCUUCUUUGGCUCAUUUGGAAAUUGGGUCUGCAACAAUUCAAUCCAAUACAACGCCUCUGUUUUCACCUUCGCGUUCUGUAGCUUUCCCAUUGUCUAUGAGCUUUUCAUCAUCUUCUUCGCAUUUUGCCUCUCCUUUUAUUCAUUCUGAAACUUUCUCUGGCGUAAUACCGCCUUCAGAUUCACAUAUGACUAAAUUGAGGGGAUUAUCAGUCGGAGAUAUUGUUCCCAAUGUCCCAGUCGACGUUGGAGAUCGAUUCCCAGCGACCAUGGCAACAGUGGUAGCGACGGUCGGUGGUGGUGGCGAGUCGGAGAAUUUGGGUGUUCCUCAGCCUCUUGAAUGUUUACAAGGAACUCCAAUUCCGCCCUUUUUGUUGAAGACUUUUGAUCUUGUUGAUGACCCUUCAGUAGACUCAAUUAUUUCUUGGGGAUCUACAGGCGCGAGCUUUGUGGUUUGGGACCCGGUGGAGUUCGCGAGGAUUAUACUACCACGGAAUUUCAAGCACAACAAUUUCUCAAGCUUUGUUCGGCAACUUAAUACAUACGGUUUUCGCAAGAUUGAAGCUGAUAGGUGGGAGUUCGCAAAGGAAGGAUUUUCAAGAGGAAAGAAGCAUCUUUUGAAGAACAUCCAGAGGCGAAAGUUACCUCAAUCUCAUCAAAGUGGGAGCUCUUCCGGCUCUUCUUCUGAAGCGGGGAGAGCUCUAUUGGAAGGUGAGAUAGAGAGAUUAAGAAAAGAGAGGAGUUUCAUAAUACAGGAGGUUAUUGAAUUGCAGAAGCAGCAACAUGGGACAGUUCAGCAUAUGGAAAAUGUGAACGAAAAGCUCCAAGCAGCAGAGCAGAGACAGAAGCAGAUGGUUUCAUUCUUGGCAAACCUGUUUCAUAACCCAGCAUUCUUAGCUCGUCUUCAGCAAAAGAUGGAGCAAAGAAGUAUUGCUUCUCCAAGAACAAUGAGAAAGUUCAUUAAACAUCAGCCACAUGAACUUGGUAAAACAGAUUCGACCAGUGAAGGGCAGAAAGUAAAAUACAGGCCUCAUUUGGGGAAUCUUGCUACAUCGUCUAUAAACUCAGGUUUAAAUCCAGUUGCAGGCGAAGAUUUCCUUGAUUAUCCCUUACAAGAUAUGGGACAGAAUGUUGUUGUAGGUGUAGAAAACAUGCCUUUCGGAAUUGGGAAUAUUGCAUUGGAUGAAUAUGCAAUAUCUCAUGAACUUCUCGAGACCCCAGAGCAGGUGGGGCUGGGGGUCUCGAGCUUGGGAGCUGAGGAUUCUCUUAGUAAAGGGAAGAAUGUGGUGAGCAACCAACCAGGGGUUACUACUGAGUACUUCGUCUCUUCUCCUGAGGAUUUGGUGAAGGAGAACUUUCCCCAAUUCUCAUCAGCAGGAAUUGAAGGUUUUGUUAAAGAAGAAGAUGUGUGGAGCGUGGGGUUUGAAACUGCUCCUCUGGGGUUUGAAACUGGUCCUGGUAUGUCUAGUUCUAGCUUUGAGUUAUGGGAUAUCCCCAGCAUCUAUAACAUGCCAGAGUUGGAAGUUAGCAGCGGUUUGUCAGAUAUCUGGGAUCUAGGUUCCCAGCAGGGGGCAGGAAGUUCAGGCAUCGGAAAGUGGCCGGGUGCAUUUGAGAUCCAGUAGCAGGGGACUCUUGGGACAUGUUAUCAGGCAUUCCCUGAUUUUGAUGGAUGUCAAUGGCGAUAACCAUAUGACCUUAGCUCAACUCACAUGGACUCUGCUCAGCUCAAUCGUAUGCAUAGCUCAGCUCACAUGGAAUGUAAUGGAGAAGCAUCACACUAGAUAGUUGUUAGAUUGAGUUUGUUAGAAUAUUCUAGCCCAGUAUUUGUUAGUUGUAAUAGUUUGUUAGAUAACAUUCAGCUGUUAGAUAAUUACUAGUGAGAAUCCCGAGUGCAAGGCACG